UGUGGCGGUCAUUGGUCGAGACAAAUUGACUAGACGCCCUCCCAAUGGGUGAGGUAGGCCUGAGAGAGCAGGCCCCACCCGGACCGCGCCUCGGCUCCGCCCACCCUCGCCCUCGCCCAGCCCCGGGUCGCUGGGGGCGGGGUCUGGGUGUCUCGAGCGCCCUCAGUGGCUGCAGGCCCCGAGCGUAGCGGCCACGCCUCACCCGGGGAAGGAGGAUCUGAGAGGCGUACGAGGUUGGCGGCUCUGCGGAGAAGCGGCCUCCUUUCCGGCCGGGGCGGCGGGAGGGGGCUGUGGACCGGACGCCCGCAGUCAGGUACCCUCCGAGACACGGUCCGGGCGGCGAACGGGAUCCCGGCUCCAACCAACCCGUUCAGGCGGCGCGCUGCGGAGAGCGCCUGCACUUUCCAGAAGCAUCUGCUGCCCCCAGGACCCGUGCUUAGCUCUUCUCGCCUUCGUGCGCCCUUGUUCCGUGGCCCCGCGGCCGUCCUAGUCUCGCUCUCCCGGCCCUACCGGGCUCGCCCUGCCCGGCGCCUGCGCUCCAGGUCGGGCCGAGGUCCUGCGCUUACCACUGCGGGGCCCGCCCCCUGCGCGGUCGAAGUGGCGCGCGCCUCGCCUCUCUCGCUUUCCUCCUACCCUCUCGCACCCAAAGUUAACUUUAGUAACGUACCAACAGCCAUCUUUCAGAAAUGACUUCAGGCUGCUGCUUUAAAUAGCUUGGUGGGGAGGCUGUGUUAACAAGUUUCGGGCUUCACCCUCUUCCUUUCAGUUCUGGUUAAAUGGGAGCGAGAAGUGAUGAGGGAAUUAGGAAGCGGAUAAUUGCUUCUCAAAAAGAGCAGAAUUGGGCCAAAACUUUAAAAAUCUCGAUUGUUUCACAAACUUUUAGUUAUAAAGAAAAGUGUGAUGAUGCAAGAAUGACACCUUGAUAAAAUAGGACAGGUACCAGAUACCUGUCCCAGCAUUUUAUUUAGAGGGUGAAAUUUAGAUUCACUACAGUUGUAUAGAAUUUUCUUUGCUCUCCCAAGAUUUGAGAAUGGCAAUUCACUAUGAAUCUGGAAAUCUUGUAGGAAGCAGAAUCUUAAAGAACUUCCAAAAAAAAGCUGGCUUCAAGUAGAUUCCGACUGUAAUCUUCUUCUGUGGUCCCGCUGGGUAGGUUCCAACUGCCAGCGUUUAGGUUAACAGUCGUUGGCAGACUGUGCCACCCAGGGACCCUUAAUGAACUUAGGUCCAGUGGGUAGCCCGGACCUGUGCUUUUUAGCCUGCCCCCUUCUAGCUGCCGUUCCUCACUCUGUCUCUGACAUAUUUUUUGACAUGCCUAGUUGAAGGAUGUUAUGUCUUCUCAGCCGCCAUCCUCCUUAUGAGUGGAGACAUAAACACAGUUCCAUUGCUGAUUGGGGGAGAAGGGUCUGGUCCACCAAAUUUCUAUUUUCCUUUGGACACAAGUUGUAAAGUCAAUCAAGGCAGGAUAAUGCUAUCAGGCUUAGUGGUGCAAUAAAGGCCUGAAGAUCGCAGACUGGUUGGUAUUCUUCUGUCCUGGCCAAAAAUUCGCCUUUCUGGAUGUUGUCAUCAGUGCCUAGAUUAAUGCCUGGUAAUCAGGCACUCAAGUACGUAUCGAAUGAACGAAUGGGUCACGUACACCGUAUUGGUCAGUGAUCCUCAUCAUCUUUUAUAUCAUAAACCAAUCUAUUUAUUAUGAUGGAGGGGCAGAAGAGGGAGAGUAGUGGACACCAAAAUUACCUUUAUUACUCUUUUUAAAAAAGAAAAUGCAAACUGGGUCUCUGUUUUUAAAUUGGCAGUGAGAUUAUAGAAUUGGUUCUCAGUCUGCUAAGUACUGUAAAUGACUUUUUUCUUUGGCUUACACUUUUAGCAUACUCUUCCCUGUAGUGUCUUCCUUGCUGUUUUCUAUAUGUAUGAACUUGCACUAGAAAUGGGGGAGGAGGGGAGAAAUACAGUGGAAAAUUGUUGACUGGUAGGUUAAGGGUGACAGUGUACCUCUCAUCAUAUUUUCAGACAUAUAUGAGGAUUGAGGAAGAGUGAAUUCUUAAUAAUUACAUGAAAAUCCCUAAUCCCAUUGGGCCUCUUCUGGGCCCCUCUAGUGAGAAUAGGCCCCUUGCCUCUUCGCAGUUGGGAAAUCCACCAAGAGAAGUUAAGUGACUUGGUUAAGUUCACACAGCAAGCAGAGUUGGAAGCAGAACUCAGGCCUCCUGAAUCUCAAUAGCUUUUUUUUCCAAGUAAAGAAUUAUAAGUGACAAUCAGUCUGCCUUUUGAAAAAUGCAGUAGUGAAAUAAACACGUAAAUUUUUGAAAAUGGUUCUGUGUAGCUAAUUAUUUUAGAUUUUGAGGUUAGUAGAUAUAACCUUAGUACUGAAUUUUUAUAAAUGUGGCGAGGGGGUCUUCCUAUGCUUGAGCCUGAGGAAUGCAGUCUGGCUGUCUGAACUGGAGGGCCUGAGCUUCCUAGGCUUCUGUUUGCAUGGAGUCUAUUCGUAUGGUGGUGGGUUCAGAGGAAAGGGUGAGGGGAAGAGGAAGAAGUUUUAUGUUGGGAUAAUUGGAGGUAGAAAAGUGAAGAACUGAGAUGAUGGGUGGGAAAGUAUGGUGGUUGCCCAUGGGCUAGUCUGUGCCCUCUGGUGAGAAAGCAGCACCUCUCAUCUUUGUAACAGGUAUGGUUCUUGCAAAAAGAGCAUCACAGCACAAUCACAAAAACAGAACAUCAAAGAACUUUCUAAGCAUUCUUGAGCUACAUGGGGGGCUUCAGAAGCAUUUACGUUAACUUUGUAUGGUAGUGUCUCGUAGAAGUUUUACAUUAAUGCAGGUAAGGGUAUCAAGCUGAAGGAAUUUAAAUAUAAAUGUAAACAGGAUCUUGUCUAUUCCUGUGAGACUGAGGACCUUUACUUAUUUAGGUUUUUUGCUAGCUGCCCUCCAGCUGGACCAGUGGCUUUCAAACUUAUUUUUAUUUGUAGAGCCUUAUCUUCCACAAAACCCACAAAAAACAAAAACAAACAAAAAAACUUACUUGCAAGCCCAAAAUAUAAGAGCAGACGGUAUGUGUUUGAAACAGGGAUUGGGGUCCCAGAGUCCUGCUCAGUCUGUACCCUAUUUUAUCUGACCUGCCCUGCCCCCAAAGAGACUUCUGGGGACACCCCUGAGGAAUUUCUCAGGCUUUGCAUAAAAUGGCUUGAAAACCAAUGCUUAAGGUAGCUGUCUGGGAUUAACAAGUGCUACAAAUAGAAAUAUUUUGGUUAGUUUUACUAUGUAUUGUCAAGAAGUAAAUAUUAUCAUUUCUCUUCAUGGUUAUGGCUUUGUAAGCAAAGAAACGUAGAACCUAGGGUAAAGAACAAGGGUGCAGUGAUGGUUCAGUGGUAGAACUCUUGCCUUCCAUGUGGGAGACUGGGUUCAAUUCUGGGCUGAUACACCUCAUGCGCAGCGUCUGUCCUUGGAAACCUGUGUAUUGUUUUGUUACUGAAGGGGUUUCAGUAGAGCUUCCAACUAAGACAGACUAGUAUGGAGUGUUUUGUUCAGUUGUGCAUGGGGUGUAUUUGAAUGGUCCAGCUGGAGGGCAGCCAGCAGCAACAGGUUAAAGGACAAGCCUUAGAAGUUAAAAAGGUGACUGAAUAAGUAGUUAGAGAAUAGUUUACCUCUUAGGUGGUAUGUGUUGGUCUUUUAAAGGAUGAUAAAACCCAGAGCUUGUCUUAUUUUCCCCAUUUGAACUCAGAGUGACCCCAUGUGACAAUAGAAAUGCUCAAUAUGGUUGGGCUGUAAUCUUUAUGGGAGCAGAUGGCCAGGCCGUUUCUCCUGUAGAGCCCUGGUGGGUUUGAACCACAGUUGAGUGCUUAACCAUUGCUGCACCAGGGAUCUGUGUCCCCUCCCUUUCCCUCAGACAAUUAUUUACAUUCCAAAGCCUGAGAACCCAGGUACUUUCUUAUUGUCUCCCCAUGGAGAAAUUGUUUACAUUAGGAAGAUUAGAUUUCUCUCUCUCUGUAGGGGCAGUGGUCACUGGGCUGUUAGUUGCCAGUGGAGUUGAUUCUGAUUCAUGGCGAUCUCAUGUGUUACAGAAUAGAACUGCUUUAUAGAGUUUCCUUGGCUGUAAUCCUUACAGAAGCAAAUCGCCGGGCCUUUCUUUACUUUCUUUUCCCAUGGAGAAUUAGUUUACAUUAGGGAGAUUAGGUUUUUCCUCUCUCAGUAGGGGAAGUGGCAGCUGGGCAGCGAUCCUAUACUCCCAGAUUGGUAAUUUUGGGUUUCCUUUCCUGUGUUUCAACCCCUGUGUGUGUAGGCUUAAUCACUGGCUCUCAUUGGGUCAUCUGUGGGGUGUUAAAAAGCUUGUGUUGCCUUCGAGUUGAUUCUGACUCAUAGAGACCUUAUAGGACACAGUAGAGCUGCCCCGCAGGGUUUCCAAGGAGCGCCUGGUGGAUUCGAACUGCCGACCUUUGGGUUAGCAGCCAUAGCUCUUAACCACUACACCACCAGGGGUAUUAGGUUUGAGAAACUGGUUCGUUUAUAAAUGAAGUAACGAUAACUCUGAUCUCUGCUUCAGAAACCUCAUGUUUUCUUUCAGGCUAAAAAUGGAUAAAUAGUGAUAUUAAAAACUUAUUAAAUAUUUCUGAUGAGAAAUACUUCUUAGGACAGGAGAAUGUCCUUCAUAAUUUCUAUGUAUAGAAAUGUUUGUAUGUAUACUAAGAAUAAGCUUUAAUGUAAUAAUACCUAAAACUUUUCAGGUUAUCUCAGUUUUCCUUAUAGAGGUAUGUUGUUAGCUACUUGAAGACUGCCAGUAGAGGAAAAGUAAAUGCAUCUCUAGGAUGUGAUUAUUUCACUCAUUGAUAGAGUUAGGCCUGUAUUGAACACAGUGGACCAUUUAAAGACAACUGGUGGAACCAACUCAGUGGCAAUAGGUUUGGUUUUUUUUUUUUUUUUUUUAAAUUUUUGAAUGUUCUCAAUGAAAAAGCAAAUAUUAGAAGCAGUUUGUUUUCAAAAUAAUCCUUGAGAGCCUAAUUUCACCGUUUCAUUAAAAUCUAAUCUUUUCAAUUCAAAUCGUGUAUCCUUUGUCCAUGGUUGUUGAGUACAGGUGAAAUGUUUUAUUAUUAUUUAUUUUUUUGUAGACUAACAUUUGGAAACCCUGGUGGUGUAGUGGGUAUGUGCUACAGCUGCUAACCAAAAGGUCAGCAGCUUGAAUCCACCAAGCACUCCUUGGAAACUCCAUAGGGCAGUUCUCCUCUGUCCUAUGGGGUCGCUGUAAGUCGGAAUCGACUUGACGGCAACGGGUUUAUUCUUCACCUAGGUGUAAUACGGGUAACUAUGCAUUAACUCACACUUACAAGCAUUUUCAUUAAAAAUAACUAAAUUUGCUGACAGAAUAUUUUGUAUGAAGAAAAAUGUGAGAAAAAACUCACUGCCGUUGAGUAUGAACAUUGUUUUCCAGAUACAAAGACUGAAACUUUGUCUUAAAAUAAGUAAAUAAAAUUUUAAUGUCACUAGCAUUUGCAUUUUUGUCUUUUUUUCCAAUUAUAAAAAUAGUACAUAAUUUUUGUAAAAGAUCUGAGAUGCUCAGGAAAAUAGAAAGGAGUAAAAAAUAUUAAUCUUUUAUCUAAGAAGCAACCACUUAUAACUUAAUAUCUAAAUAGAAAAAAUAAGCCCCAGAUAGUUUAAAUCUUUAUAUAGGAAAGUAAAAGCUUUUUAAAUUGGAAAAACAAAAGUAAAUGAAUAUUUAUAUAAUCUGGGGUUGGGAAAACGUGAUACCUGUGCCAAAAAGAGUUAACAUGGUAGGCUUGAGGCUGCUAUUUUUUGAAGGAUCUUCUGCAAGUGUGGCCCUUGUUUGAUGUCUGGGAACUUGGUAUUUGAAUAGUUCUGUAACUGAUCAGAGUGGCUUACUGUACCUAGACAGUUUGUACAAACAGUGUGAUUUAUGGAUACCUCCUAUCCUUCUGGGAGUCUGGAAUUUUGAUCAGCUCCCAAUAUAAACCCUAGGUGCUGAGUCUCUAAUGCACUUUCCUGCACAGAAAUAUUGCAUAUGUUACUGUACUUUUUAUUACUGGAAAAGGAGUAUGCAGAUGUGGUCCCUCAUGGGAGAGAGAGAAAUAAGGAAGCCUGUGCCUGGAUUUUUGCAGACUUCAUUUGUGUCUCUUUCCCUUGCUGAUCUUGUCAAGUAUCCUUUCGUUGUAAUAAACGUUAGCCAUGAGUACAGCUAUAUGCUGGGUACCAUGAAUCCUUCUAGUCAAUCACGGAAAGCUGUGUGGUAUUGGGACUCCUGAAACCAUACCAAAGGCAAAAACCAUACAAGAAAUGAUUUAAAAAGAAAUCCCCCAGCAAUUUAAUAAAGCUUGCAACAAAUAGAGGAAAAUUACUUUCAACAAAUAUGAGUGAUAAAAGGUUAAUAUACUUAAAAUGUACAGAAUCCAUACAAAUCAAUAAGAAAAAGAUAAAUUUGCCAAUAAAAAUAUAGGUAAACAACAAGGAUAAUUUAUAAAAGAAGAUACAUGGCCAGCAGAGAUGGAAAAAAUAUUCAAUUUCAGAAGUCAUUAAAUAAAUGCAAAUUAAAAUGACAAUGACAUGCUGAUUAUUGACUGUUGAAUUGGCAAAAAACAAACAAGAAAAAUUUAAAAGUUAUAUUCAGGGUUAUGGAAGAUGGUUGAGAGCACCAUUUUUGUCUUAGUCUUCUAGUGGUGCUAUAAAAAAUACCACAAGUGGGUGGUUUUAACAACGGAAUUAAUUUUCUCACAGCUUGGAGGCUAGAAGUCCAAGUUGAGGGUGCUGGCCCUAAGGGAAGGCUUUUUCUGUCUGUAGGCUCUGGGGGAAGGUCCUUGUCUCUUCAGUUACUAUUCCUUGGCUCCUUGGUGAUCUUCAUAUGGCAUGGCAUCUGUCUUCCUCAAUCUCUGCUCUCCUGCUUGCUUUUAUAUCUCAGAAGAAGUUGAUUUAAGACAAACCAUGCGCUAAUACUUUCUCAUUAACGUAAGAAAGAAAACCCAUUCCCAGAUGGGAUUAUAACCACUACAGGGAUAAGGGUUUACAACAUUUUUUUUGGGACGCAGCUCAAUCCAUAACAUUAUACCCUUUGGCCCCCAAAAUUCAUGUUCUUCCCACAUGCAAAAGAUAUUUACCUUAUCACAUCAUCCCAAAAGUCUUAAAUCAACUCCAAGUCCAAAAUCUCAUUUUCAGAAUCAUCUAAAUCAGAUACGGGUGAGUCUUUAGAUGUAUUCCAUCCUGGGGCAAAAUUCCUCUUCAUCUGUGAACAUGAGAAACCUAGAAUACAAGUUAUCUGCUUCCAAAGUACAACGUGUCUGUCAGUUUGUCGUACUGUGGGGGCUCCUGUGUUGCUGUGAUGCUGGAAGUUAUGCCACUGGUAUUCAGAUACCAGCAGGGUCACCCAUGGAGGACAGGUUUCAGCUGAGCUUCCAGACUAAGACAGACUAGGAAGAAGGACCCGGCAGCCUACUUCUGAAAAGCAUUAGCCAGUAAAAACCUUAUGAAUAGCAGCGGAACAUUGUCUGAUACAGUGCUGAAAGAUGAGCCUCCCCCAGGUUGGAAGGCACUCAAAAGAUGACUGGGGGAAGAGCUGCCUCCUCAAAGUAGAGUUGACCUUAAUGACGUGGAUGGAGUAAAGCUUUUGGGACCUUCAUUUGCUGAUAUGGCACGACUCAAAAUGAGAAGAAACAGCUGCAAACAUCCAUUAAUAAUUGGAACCUGGAAUAUAUGAAGUAUGAAUCUAGAAAAAUUGGAAAUCGUCAAAAAUGAAAUGGAACGCAUAAACAUCGAUAUGCUAGGCAUUAGUGAGCUGAAAUGGGCUGGUAUUGGCCAUUUUGAAUCGGACAAACAUAUAGUCUACUAUGCUAGGAAUGACAACUUGAAGGGGAAUGGUGUUGCAUUCAUCGUCAAAAAGAAUGUUUCAAGAUCUAUCCUGAAGUACAACGCUGUCAGUGAUAGAAUAAUAUCCAUAUGCCUACAAGGAAGACCAGUUAAUAUGACUAUUAUUUAAAUUUACACACCAACCACUAGGGCCAAAGAUGAAGAAACAGAAGAUUUUUAUCAGCUGCUGCAGUCUGAAAUUGAUCAAACAUGCAAUCAAGAUGCAUUGAUAAUUACUGGUGAUUUUAAUGUGAAUGUUGGAAACGAAGAAGGAUCAGUAGUUGGAAAAUAUGACCUUAGUGAUAGAAACAACGCCGGAGAUCUAAUGAUAGAAUUUUGCAAGACCAACGACUUCUUCAUUGCAGAUACCUUCUUUCACCAACAUAAACGGCGACUAUACAUUUUUAUACACAUGGACCUCGCCAGACGGAACACACAGAAAUCAAAUUGACUACAUCUGUGGAAAGAGACGAUGGGAAAACUCAAUCUCAUCAGAACAAGGCCAGGGGCUGACUGUGGAACAGACCAUCAAUUGCUCAUAAUGCGAGUUCAAGCUGAAACUGAAGAAAAUCAGAGCAAGUCCAUGAGAGUCAAAAUAUGACCUUGAGUAUAUCCCACCUGAAUUUAGAGAGCACCUGAAGAAUAGAUUUGACGCAUUGAACACUAGUGACCGAAGACCAGACGAGUUGUGAAAUGACAUCAAGGACAUCAUCCAUGAAGAAAGCAAGAGGUCACUGAAAAGACAGGAAAGAAAGAAAAGACCAAGAUGGAUGUCAGAGGAGACUCUGAAACUUGCUCUUGAGCGUCAAGCAGCUAAAGCAAAAGGAAGAAUUCAUGAAGUAAAAGAACUGAACAGAAGAUUUCAAAGGGCCUCUCGAGAAGACAAAGCAUUAUAAUGACACGUGCAAAGAGCUGGAGAUGGAAAACAAAAAGGGAGGAGCACACUCGGUGUUUCUCAAGCUGAACUGAAGGAAAAAUUCAAGCCUCGAGUUGCAAUGGUGAAGGAUUCCAUGGGGAAAAUAUUAAAUGAUGCAGGAAGCAUGAAAAAAAGAUGGAAGGAAUACACAGAGUCAUUAUACCAAAAUAGUCGAUAUUCAACCAUUUCAAGAGGUGGCAUAUGAUCAGGAACCGAUGGUACUGAAGGAAGAAGUCCAAGCUGCUCUGAAGGCAUUGGGGAAAAACAAGGCUCCAGGAAUUGAUGGAAUACCAAUUGAGAUGUUUCAACAAACAGAUGCAACGCUGGAGGUGCUCACUCGUCUAUGCCAAGAAAUAUGGAAGACAUCUUCCUGGCCAACUGACUGGAAGAGAUCCAUAUUUAUGCCUAUUCCCAAGAAAGGUGUUCCAACUGAAUGUGGAAAUUAUAGAACAAUAUCAUUAAUAUCACACACAAGCAAAAUUUUGCUGAAGAUCAUUCAAAAAUGGCUGCAGCAGUAUAUCGACAGGGAACUGCCAGAAAUUCAGGCCGGUUUCAGAAGAGAACGUGGAACCAGGGAUAUCAUUGCUGAUGUCAGAUGGAUCCUGGCUGAAAGCAGAGAAUACCAGAAGGAUGCUUACCUGUGUUUUAUUGACUAUGCAAAUGCAUUCGACUGCGUGGAUCAUAACAAACUAUGGAUAACAGUGCGAAGAAUGGGAGUCGCAGAACACUUAAUUGUGCUCAUGAGGAACCUUUACAUAGAUCAAGAGACAGUUGUUUGGACAAAACAAGGGGAUACUGAUUGAAGUCAGGAGAGGUGUGGGUCAGGGUUGUAUUCUUUCACCAUACCUAUUUAAUCUGUAUGCUGAACAAAUAAUCCGAGAAGCUGGGCUAUAUGAAGAAGAAUGGGGCAUCAGGAUUGGAUGAAGACUCAUUAAGAACCUGCGUUAUGCAGAUGACACAACCUUGCUUGCUGAAAGUGAAGAGGACUUGAAGCACUUACUAAUGAAGAUCAAAGACCACAGCCUUCAGUAUGGAUUACAGCUCAACAUAAAGAAAACAAAAAUCUUCACAACUGGACCAACAAGCAAGAUCAUGAUAAACGGAGAAAAGAUUGAAGUUGUCAAGGAUUUCAUUUUACUUGGAUCCACAAUCAACAGCCAUGGAAGCACCAGUUGAGAAAUCAAAAGACACAUUGCAUUGGGUAAAUCUGCUGCAAAGGACCUCUUCAAAGUGUUGAAGAGCAAGGAUGUCACCCUGAAGACUAAGGUGCGCCUGACCCAAGCAGUGGUGUUUUCAGUCACAUCAUAUGCAUGUGAAAGCCGGACAAUGAAUAAGGAGGACCGAAGAAGAGUUGACGCCUUUGAAUUGUGGUGUUGGCGAAGAAUACUGAAUAUGCCAUGGACUGCCAAAAGAACGAACAAAUCUGUCUUGGAAGAAGUGCGGCCAGAACACUCCUUAGAGGCAAGGAUGGCGAGACUGUGUCUUACAUACUUUGGACACAUUGUCAGGAGGGAUGAGUCCCUGGAGAAGGACAUCAUGCUUGGCAGAGUACAGGGUCAGCGGAAAAGAGGAAGACCUUCGACAAGGGGGAUUGACACAAUGGCUGCAACAAUGAGCUCAAGCAUAACAACGGUUGUAAGGAUGGGCAGUGUUUCAUUCUGUUGUGCAUAGUGUCUCUGUGACUCGAUGGCACCUAACAACAACAACAACAACAACAACAAAGUACAGUGGUGAAACAGGCAAAGGGUAGACAUUUCCAUUACAAUUGGGAGAAACUGGAGGGAAAGAAGGGAUAACAGACACCAAGCAAGUCCAAAACUCAGCAGAACAAACUGUAUUAACUCUCACUCAAAGCUUGAAAAUAAUCCUCUGCUAUUCAGGACCAUCUGGGCUUCAGCUCUGCCUUCCAGUCUCACUGGGGUAACGACUCUGCUACUUUGGUUUUGAGUGGUCCCAUUUUAGUCUAUCUGAGUGAUGACCCUACACCCUUAGUCCCAAGAGACCCCGUUCUUCCCCUUGGGCACAGAAGCCCCACCACCUCAGCUUUGGGCAGAAUCCCCAUCCUUUUGGCCAAACUGAAUGGCAGUCCCACUUUACAGAACCAAGCUAGUGAAGAUCUGAGUUUUUGGAGCCUAGGAGGCUGUGACUCCACUCUAUGAAACCUAGGAGGCCGUGGUUCCACCCUUUGAGACCUAGGAGACCUUGGCUCCACCGUUUGAAACUAAGGCAGCUCUGCUUCCCAAGCUCCUUCCAACAGUUUUGCUGAUGUCCAAACUUCUCCAAGGAUGGUCCUUUUCCUUUCUUGGAGGACAACAGGUGUAGCUCCUUUGGCCUAUUUCCUGCCUGUAGAAUUCUAAGAGGCAGACAGCCUUUCUUCCUUUCAUCCUAUUUUUGUCCCCUUCAGCCUAACCUGAUGAGUUUUCUGCUGUGGUAGUCCAUUAUGUUAGAUCCAUCAGUCAAAGGCUUAAUCUCUUUAACAAAAGAUUUUGUAGCUAUGUCCUUGGUAAAUAUUCUAGAACACAUGUCCUUAAUUUGUAUAACAGAAUUUUCCAAAUCUUUAAGUUCUGUUUUCAUUUUGUGCAGUUCAUUUUUAAGCCCUUGUUUUUCUUUUUGCGUUUCACUAUAAGCAACAAGGAGAAACCAUGCAGCCCCUUUAAGUAAUUGCUUAGAAAUGUCCUCAGCCAAAUAUCCAUGCUCAUCACUUACAAGUUCUACCUUCCACCCAACUCUUGAACGUAAUUCAGACAAGUUGCCACCGCAUAACAAACAUCGCCCUUACUCCGUUGUCUGAUCACACGUUCACCGUUUCCUUUUAAAGCCUUACGAGAAACACAUUACUAACCACCUUAUGUUGCUGGUGCCAUAUGUAUUCUCUAAGACGAUAAAGACUUUCUUUGUAGCUCUCCUUGCUGAGCAUUCACCAGAAUUGCCUUUGAUGUGCAUAAUUCUACCAACAGUCUCUUCAAGGCAAUCUAGGCUUUUACUUUUAGGAAUCUUAAAACUCUUCCAGCUUCUGCCCAUUACCCAGUUUCUAAAACCACUUCCACAUUUUGGGUAUUUGUUAGAGCAGUACCUCUAUUUCUUGGUACCAAAUUCUGUUUUAGUUAUCUAGUGCUGCCAUAGCAGAAAUACCACAAAUGGGUGGUUUUAACAAGCAAAAAUUCGUUUUCUCAUAGUUGGGAAGCUAAAAGUCCAAAUUCAGGGCGUCCACUCUGGAGGAAGUCAAUCUUUCUGUAUUGGCUCUGGCGAAAGGCCUUUUUCUCUUCAGCUUCUAUUCUUUGGCUCCUUGGUGAUCUUCAUUUGGCAUUUGUCGUGGAUUGAAUUGUGUCCAACAAAAUAUGUGUCAACUUGGUUAGGCCAUGAUUCCCAGUAUAGUGUGAUUGUCCACCAUUUUGUCAUUUGAUGAGAUUUUCCUGUGUGUCGUAAAUCCUAUCACUGUGACAGUAAUAAGAUGGAUUAGCUGCAGUUGUAUUGAUGAGAUCUACAGGAUUAGAUAGUGUCUUAAGCCAAUCUCUUUUGAGGUAUGAAAGAGAGAAGCAAGCAGAGAGACGGGGGCCUCAUACCACCAAGAAAGCAGCACCGGGAGCAAAGCGUGUCCUUUGGACCUGAGGUUCUUGCGCAGAGAAAGUCUUAGACCGCAGGGCGAUUGAUGACAGGGGUCUUCCUCCAGAGUUGACGGAGAGAUAAAGCCUUCCCCUGGCUCUGGUGCCGUGAAUUUGGACUUCUAGCCUACUGGGCUGUGAGAGAAUAAACCCGUGUUUGUUAAAGCCAUCCACUUGUGAUCUUUCUGUUAUGGUAGCACUAGAUGACUGACACAGAAUUUGGUACUAGGAAUGGGGUCCUGCUCUAACAGAUAUCCAAAAUGUGGAUUGGUUUUGAAGCUGAGCAGAUAGAGGACUCAGAAGGAAGUAAGGAGAACUGUUAACAGCAGAGAUGGCGCAGGUGGUGAGAAGCAGCAGCAGAGGACCAGCAGCAGCAGAGGACCAGCAGCAGCAGUGGACCAGAACCAGGAUACCAGCACCAGACAGCACUGGAGCCAACCCAUGAAGUGAAAGAGCAGAGUGCCUUGGUUCAGGAGGCUUCCUGGUUGAGUGGGGUGCUUCCAGGCAGUUAUUGGUGGAACUAGGCUUGCUGACCCACUAUGCAAGAGAGCUGAGUGCCUUCCAGCUGAAGUUUACCUAUGGAGUGGGGUGCCUCCAGGCACUUAUUGGUGGAGCUACAGAGCUUUGGAACACUUGCCCCAGCAGGGCAGAUGUGGGCAUGAGCCCCCAGGAGCCAGAAGGCCAAGAAAUCAGGAAGCAGAAGCUGAAGAGCUAAGGAGUACAGGAAGCCUAGCUGCCUCACUCUCAAAAGGUAUGGCCAUGACCUCUGGGGUUUCAAAGGGUAGAGCCAUGGCCUCUGGUGUUUCUAAGGGUGGGGUCGCCACUCAGAUGGACUAGGAGAAUGGUGCACAUAAACCAAGAGAGCAGAGUUGCUGUCUCAGUGGGUCUGGAAGGCCGAGCUGAAACCCAAGGCUGAGGGGCCUUCACUUAGAAUCGAGAGAGUGUAGCCAAUACCUAGAGUCUGGAGGGCAGGGCUGUUGUAUAAAUGGUCUCAGAGAAUCGAGGAUUAUUUUCAAGCCUUGAGGGCUAAUGUAAUAUGUUCUCCUGGCUUGCUUGGUGCCUGUUAUGCCUUCUUUCCCUCCAAUUUCUCCUGUUUGUAAUAGAAAUAUCUUCCUUGUGGCUGUUGCACCAUUGUACUCUGGAAGCAGAUAACUUGUAUUCUGUAUUUCACAGAUGAAGAGGAAUUUUUGGAUUUUGCACUUUGAGUUGAUUUAAGACUUUUUUAUAAUAUGAUCAGGUGAAUAUGUUUUACAUGUGGCAAGGACAUGAAUUUUUUUGGGGCCAAAGGGUAGAAUGUCAUGUGUUGAAUUGUUUCCCCCCAAAAUAUGUAUCAACUUGGUUAGGCCAUGAUUUCCAGUAUUGUGUGUUUGUCCACCAUUUUGUCAUUUCAUAAGAUUUUCCUGUGUGUUGUAAAUCCUAUCACUAUGAUGUUAAUAAGAUGGAUUAGUGCCAGUUAUAUCAAUGAGAUCUGCAAGAUUAGAUAGUGUCUUAAGCCAAUCUCUUUUGAGAUAUAAAAGAGAGAAGCAAGCAGAGAGAUAAGGGUACCUCACACCACCAAGAAGGCAGCACCAGGAGCAGAACAUGUCCUUUGGGCCCAAGGUUGCUGUGCAGAGAAGCUCCUAGACCACAGGAAGAUUGAUGACAAGGACUUUCCUCCAGAGUCUACACAGAGAUAAAGCCUUCCCCUGGAGCUAGUGCCCUAAGUUUGGACUUCUAGCCUAUUAGACUGUGAGACAAUAGGCUUCUGUUUGUUAAAGCCAUCCAUUUGUAGUAUUUCUGUUAUAGCAGCACUGGAUGACUAACACAGCAUGACAUCUAUCUUCCCCCGUCUCUGCUUUCCUGCUUGCUUGUUUAAUCUCUUUUAUAUCUCAAAAGAGAUUUACUUAAAACACACCAUACAUUAAUGUUAUAAAGAAAACCCAUUUCCAAAUGAAUUAUAACCACUAUAGGGAUUAGAGUUUAUAACACAUUUUUGGGGAACAUAAUUCAACCCAUAACAAUUUUCAUAUACUGAGUGAAAAAAAAAAAUUUUUUUUUUUUGCCAGUACCUCUAUAUAUAACAGUACUGCCAUUCUGGUGGACAAUUUGACAAUAUGUAUUAAAAACUUUGAAGACAUAGAAUGAAUAUGGCUAGGCCACCUUAAGGCCUACUCUCCAUUCACCAUUCCCCAAAUCACCAAAAGCCAUAAAGAAUAAUUUUUAAUCUUAGGACUUGAAGAGAAGUCUCUGGGAGUACUCCAUAGCCCUUCAUAUAGAAAGUAUCUUACAUUUCUCUCUAGGUAUCUCUCCUGCUCUUCAAAGUUACCCAUUGGAAGCUGUUAAAAAUAAAUCAUAAAACAUGUUCUUAUUGUUAUGGAUUGAAUUAUAUCCCCCCAAAAUAUAUGUCAACUUGGCUAGGCCAUUGUUAUGGGUAGAAUUGUGUCCCCCGAAGUAUCUGUCAACUUGGCUAGUCGUGAUUGCCAGCAUUGUAUGGUUGUUUACCGUUUUGUCAUUUGAUGUGAUUUCCCUAUGUGUUGUAAAUCCUACCACUAUGAUAUAGUAAGAUGGCUUAGUGGCAGUUUUAUCAAUGAGAUCUUCAAGAUUAGAUAGUGUCUUAAGUCAAUCUCUUUUGAGAUAUAAAAGAGAAGUAAGCAGAGAGACAUGGGGGACCUCAUAUCACCAAGAAAGCAGCGCCAGGCACAGAGUGUGUCCUUUGGACCUGAGGUUCCUGUGCUGAGAUGCUCCCAAACCAAGGGGAGACUGAUGACAAGGACCUUCCUCCAGAGCUGACAGAGAGAGAAAGCCUUCCCCUGGAGCCGGCACCCUGAAUUCCGACUUCUAGCCUACUGGACUGUGAGAGAAUAAACUUCUCUUUGUUAAAGUUAUCUACUUGUGGUAUUUCUGUUAUAGCAACACUAGAUGACUAAGACAACCAUGUUUCCCAGUAUUGUGUGAUUAUCCACCAUUUUGUCAUCCUGUGUGAUUUUCCUAUGUGUUGUAAAUCCUGCCUCUGUGAUGUUAAUGAGGCAGGAUUAGAGGCAGUUAUGUUAAUGAGGCACGACUCAAUCUACACGAUUAAAUUGUGUCUUAAAUCAAUCUUUUGAGGUAUAAAAGACAGAAGUGAGCAGAGAGACUGGGGGACCUCAUACCACCAAGAAAUAAGAGCCAGGAGAAUCGCGUGUCCUUGGGACCCAGGGUCCCUGCGCCGAGAAGCUCCUAGACCGGGGGAAGAUUGAUGACAAGGACCUUUCCCCCAGAGCCAACAGACAGAACAAGACCUUCCCUGGAGCUGGCACCCUGAAUUUGGACUUCUAGCCUCCUAGACUGUGAAAGAAUAGACUUCUUUUUUUAAAGCCAUCCACUUGUUGUAUUUCUGUUAUAGUGGACAGUCACACACCCAUCCUACAUACUUCUUCCAGGUUGCCCCUACUUCCCUUCUGUUCCUGCUAGUAAAAUAUCCACCUUGUUCUGUAGAAUGGGACUUAAUUUUUGAGUCAAAAGGGACUCAUUACAUUCAUAGUUUAAAACUGCAAACCCACCCUGCCCCCACAACGCAUACACAUUUUCUUUUCUGCUGUAGUGAUUAUAUUCCCUCUCAAAUACCUAUGAAGGUGUUUUUUUUUUUUUUUCUCAUUCAUCAACCUAGAGAGGGCAUUGUUUUGCUAGUUGUCCCCUGAUGAGUGUGUCUUUUUCUAAUUUGCACAAAGGUCUUUGCAUAGGUUGGCCUUCUACCAGAGGGCAGCCACUGGGCCUUAUGAUUAACAUCACCAACACUGAGAAGUUCAAGGGGCCACUUGGGCUUGUGGACACUCUUAUGUUCAGUAAUUGUUAGCUAUAAUUUGCUCUACCAGUUACUGGUUCAACCACUUCUGAUCCUCUGAACCAGGAUGGCCCAAUGAAGAAGCCUGAAGAACUAAGAAAUUUUUCCUCUGGCUCAUUGACUUGUGGUUAUAAGUUGGUACUAUUUUCCAUCAUUACCAAUCUAUAGCAGUCAUCUACCUGCUAAAAGAUGUUUGAAAAACAAAAUAAACCCUUUCGUACUUUAAGUUGAUAUUUAAAAUUUUUCAUCACGUGAGUGAAUUUUUCAAUGUGAACUAAGGGUGAGGGCCAACUGAAUAUGGUAUAAAUAUUUUAUGAUAUGAUUUGAUUUUAAAAAGCACAGCAAAUAUAAAGAAAUAAAUUUAUCUCUGUGUUUUAUACAGUUACCUUGAAAAAUUUGAGAGUUCUGCAAAAAUUCCAGUUACAUUUAAACAAUCAGUGACACUAAUCUCUACCCCUUCAGAUGCUCUAAAAUCAGAGUUUCCCAACAUAGGCUGCAAUACCCUGUUUUUAAUGCCAGCUUCUCUUUUAGCCAAAAUAUGUGUUAGUCAGGGAAAGGCAGGAAGCCUAUGGCUUUAAGGUUGCCUUGGUUAAGGUGGCUUUCCAGAACCAAUAUUUUGAUUAUUCCUUUGGUGCCCCAGAGGUUUUUAUACCCCGGAGUAGUACACUGUAGUAAGAUCUGGAACGUGUGAGGGAUAUGCUUUCCUUUUGCCUACUGGGAGAAGAGUUUUGGUAAAAGCAGGCUCCUUUGUAGGCUGAUCGGUUUUAGGAAAGAGUACCUGUGGAAGUUGAAGACCUGGAAAUUGAUUUCUUUAAACGAUUCAUACAUCACUUAGGAAAGUUUUCCCCUACUUCAGUUUGAAGACUACAGGUAAAUGGACAGUGAAACAAUCUACCCCUGACAUGGACAUCUAGUUGUUGGUGUUGAUGCCUCACUUAGAGGUUAGCAUCUCUCUACCUUCACUCCUUGGUAUCUUUAUUAGGUUAUGCUGUGGUGUAAAUUAGUCCGCCAUUUCAGUGGCUUAAUAAAGAAAAACAUCUUUCUUGCACAUAUAGUUACACUAUGGGAAACUUCUAGCCUCGACUGUUACUGCAGCAGGGGAACAGAGGGCUGGAGGGUUUCAUGGGAUGGUUUACAAGGUCAGGCCUGGAAUUAGCUUAUAUUACUUCUGCCUUUGUUCCAUCAGCCAGAACCCAGUCAUUUGGAACUAACUUCAAGGAAAGCUGGUGCAUGUAGUGUAGCAAAGGGAUUUCGCAUGAGCACCGACUUGUGUUUUGGUCGUGGCAUCCUGUAACCGUGACUCAAAAAUGCUUUUUCCAGUUUGUUUACACUGUCCUUUCUGUAAAAUUCUCAAGUUUUCAUUAUAAACAGUUGCUUCCGAUACUACCAAACCUGCUUGGUCAUAAAUUCCAUAGUAAUAGCCAAGUUCUUGUAGGGGGAGGGAGAUCUGAAGAAUUUGGGUGUUGAGAGAGAGUAAAUUAUAAACUAUUAUCCAGCUAACUGUGGUUCUCUGAAGUAGCCCUGGUGAUGCACCAUGCUCAGCUGCUAGCUGAAAGGUUGGCGGUUUGAACAACAACAUGGUUUUCUGGUCGUUCCUGAAUGGUGUGAUUGCCCCACAGCUUCAUCAUCGUUUCCAUACUCUUUUUUGAUUUUAUGAUAGGAUUCCAAGAACGUAAUAGCUAGUGUCUGGUUGACUUACACUUUUUCACAUGAGAUUCCAAUAGACUGGUAUUCUUGGUAGAAAUGUCUUCUUGACACAGUUGUAGGCAGCCAGUUACUCUGAGGGGCAGCUCAGUAUUUUAUAUUAGAUUUAAAGUUUUGGGUUGUAGCCCCAAAAUAUUAAGGGAUAAAAGCAGGUUUUGAUAUCAUGUAGCAUAUGAUUAGAAUUUUCAAAAAAGUUACAUCUCUUCUCUCUCUGAAAGGAUUUACACCAAAAGCACGAGCAGUUAUUAGCAUUGAGUGAUUCAGUAAUGAGUGAUUUUAUUUUUUUUAUCUGCAUUUUCUCUAUUUCUUGCAUCGAUUUGCUUGGGUAGACAGAAAACCUGAAAAUUAAUGCAAGAGUUGAGAUUUUUUUGUUGCUGUUUUUAUUGUGUUUCUUUCGUUGACUUUCUUAAUGAAUGUGACAGGUGCUUCAGAAAUUCAUGCUAAUUAAAUUAGAAAGUGAAUUCCUAUUUUUCAUUAUAAGUAACUUAAACAUUUGAUGCUGAAAAUUUGUUUUUCUCUCCUGAGAUUUUAGAGAAAGAAAAUGAAUUUAAAAAUAUCCUUUCAACAUGGCUCUUCCAGGGGUAGUUGUCUGAGAGAAGUAAAGUGGAUGAUGAUGAGAAAAUAAGCAACCUGUGAUUAGUGUCAGUGUAUACACUUUGGGGGUUUCAGUGAAGAGUAGCAUUGAAAAGCCCGUAAGUGCAUGAAAAUCCUUUAGUUUCCUUUUUACAGCCUUCUCUUGCUUACCACAAACCUAGAAAUGAAAAAAAAAAAAAUUAUUGCCUGGUGAUCUCAAAAAUGUAAUUUCCCUGAUGUCUUCCUGGGAUAUUAAUUUUCUAGGAAUGCUAAACUCCUAAAAUUACCUGCCAGAUUAGGAACAGAGUUUCUUUCAUGACUUCUAAUGCAUGCUAGAAAGAACACAGAAUACUAACUAUUGUAGAUAAAACUUCAGCAGGUUAAGAGAGUAUGCUUUGAAGAUAGGUCCAUCUUCAGCUUUCUCACUCUUAAAUUCUGGUAGUUAAGUUCUCUGUAUAAUAGCACCUUAAAAAAUCUUUUUGGUGUGUAUUACAUGUUCUAUUUGAUGUUUGAUCAGUUUGUUUUAUGACUUUUUUGACUUAGGUUUUUUGUUUUUGUCUCAGUAGUUGGCCAACAUGGGUGGGGAGGGAUGACUGCAUUGUUGUCACACAGAUGAGCCACUUGUGUGGGCAUCUGUCAAUUAUCAUCACUCUGGUGCUGCCCAAGCUUAUUUGUGUCUUGGAAACCCUAGGGCCAGGUACCAGAGGAGUCCUAGAAGCAGCCCUGGCAAGCUUAGAAUUGAUGGCAGCUUCAUGAUAAUUAUACUUUUUUGCAUGGCUGCCUAGCUGUAUCAUUAUAAUAGCUUUUCAUCCUAGAGGCUAAAUAAGAUAGAGAGAUGCCCAAGCUGCUUAAUAUAUCUCAACAAAUUACAUUACCAUCGAUGCCUUUUCCAACUGGUUUCUCCCCUGUAAGCACCCUCCUCUCACCCAGUCUAUUCUGUUCUUUCAUAAACAGGCAAAAAUAUGGCUCCAGAUGCCCUUUUUAAGUAUAGAAUACUGAGAACCAUGCUUUAUUUAUUUACUUUUUGUUCCUUAAAAUAAUCGUGUAUUUUUCUUGUUUUCAAAUCUGGGUCUGAAGUAAUCAGUUUUAAUAGGUAAGACUGUAUAAUAAAUAUAUGGUGAUGAUGACGGUAAUAAUAAUAGCGAUGGCAAGUUGUUAAUGAGCGCUUACUAUAUGCUGGGAAGUAUACUAAGCAUUUUACAUUUCAUUUAAUCCCUGCCGACCCUAUGAGAGAGGUGCUUCAGAUGAGGAAUCAGAGACUCAGAGAGGUGAAGUUACCUGCCCCAGGUGCUGGUGAGGUAGCAAGUAGUGGAGAAAGGCAUUGCACCCAUGAUCAUGCUCUUAACUAUUUAAAAGUCAUUCAUUGAUUUUGUUUUAAAUAUGUCUUUUUUCUGGGUGUCUUCUCAGAUAAUAGAAGUUAAAUUAUUUUGCCUCAUGUUAAGUGUAUUCAGUUUAAAAGUUUUUGCUUCAUUAGACAAAAUUCUACUAACUUAUUAUGGUCGUAACAUGGCAUUGGUGGUGAAAUAAAGACUUUUUCAUAGAUUUGUAAUGAAAUGAAGAUUUAUGGGAUGAAGAGACCUAAAUAUAUUUUGUGUAUCACUUGAAAUAAAAUAAGGGCCCCAAAAGAGACUUAAGUGCAGAAGACCAGUAUUUUUGGAAAAUAUAAAUAUUUGAUGCUAAAGAUUAAUAUUUUCCCCCUUGAGACUUAAGAGAAAGAAAACUAAAAAAUAUUUCGGCACGAGUUUUGCCUGGUGGCUUUUAUAAGAGAGAAGUAAAGUGGAUGAUGAAUGUUAACUUCCUGUUUUUGGAAGUUCUUUAGCUGUUGUGUUAGUUUCCUGGGGUAACAAAGCACCAUAAAUUGGGAUGGCUUAUAACAACAGGAAUUUAUUGUCUCACAGUUCUGGAGGCUAGAAGUCUGAAAUGAAGGUGUUGGCAGGGCCAUACUUCUUCUGAAGUCUCUAGGGGAAGAUUCUUCCUUGCCUUUUCCAGCUUCUAGGCAGGCCUUCGUUUAUGGCAGCAUCACUCCAGUUUCUGCCUCCAUCUUCACAUGGCUGCCUUCCCUUUGUGUCUGUCUGUCUGGGUCUCUUCUCCUCUUUUUGUAAGGACACCAGCCAUCGGAUUAGAGUCCCCUCUACUUCCGUAUGGCCUCAUGUUAACUAAUUUCAUUUGCAAAGAUGCUAUUUCCAAGUAAAUGUCACAUUCAUGGAUGUCAGGGGUUAGAACUUCAACAUAAUUUUUUGAGGGGCACAAAUCAACCCAUAACAGCCAUUCUGCUGAGGGGAAUUUCCCUCUGGUACUUUUUUUCCUGCCAUUUUGUUCAGCUUCCCCUCCUUUGUCUAAUCUUCCAUUCCAUUCUGGCUGUUAAGCUUACCUGUACCCCCUCUCCCUCUCACUCCCUCCCAGAGCUAUCCCUCAACUAAUUCUUAGUGUCAGCCACUGUUCUAGGCAAUUCUAGUGGGAAAGAUGGGUAAUAAACAAAUAAAUCAAUUUAAGGUAAUAUGAGGUAACUGUAAGUGUUAUAAGAAAAGUAAAGCAGAGAUAGAGACUCAGAGGAGUGUCGUCCUAUUCAGAGAGGAUGGUCAGGCAAGGUUACUCUAAGAGUGAGAUAUUCAAGCAGAAAUUUGUAUGGAUCGAGAAAGACAUGCAAAUGUAUAGAGGAAGAGAUUUCCGGCAAAGGAAAUAGCAAGUGCGAAGGCCCUGGCAUGUGUUGGGUUCUCUAGAAGGCAGCUGUGCCAACGGAGCUAGAAGGGCAAAGGGCUUACUGGGGAGUAACACCUGUGAAAGGGAAAGGAAGGCAAUAGGGCUGGACACAGGGAACCAUCAAACUGCGUGCUGACCUGACAAAGGUUCUGCCUGUCCACUGGGGAGUUCCAGAGCCAUUACCCCAAGGAGGGCUGCUGCCAUAGUCCCUCACUGAGUGGAGGAAAUGGCUAGGUCUUUCUGCCCCUACUUUGCUUAGUCAUUUGACCAGAGAAUCUUGGGAUCUCAGCUGGAAAACUGAUGUGGACUCUGAUGAAACUAAUAGCUGGAGGUUGUCAGGUAAGCCCAAUCCUUGCAGGUGGGCACCGAGGCCUUUCUUGAAGGGAAUCUUAGUGGUCCACCUCUUUUUCGCCACAGGCCCUGAAACAGAAGUUUGCUCGAUGUGUUCAAGGAACCGCAAGGUCAAUGUAGCUGUAGAAGAAUGAGUGAGAGGGAGAGUGAUAGGGAGCAAGGUUGGAGAGAUAGCCAAGACCAGAAGGAUCAGGCUCUUGAGGGAUAUGGUAGGACAUUGGAUUUCAUUCUACUUGUGGUAGAAAGCCAUUAGGAGAUUUUGAGCAGGGAAAUAUCUUAUUUGUUUUAAAUUUUAGAAAGAUCACCCUGGCUGCUACAAUAGGCCAUCUCUGACCUAAGCCAUUCGUAUUGGUUUAUCUAUGCCUGCAUGACCAACAACUCCACAAUUUAGUGGCUUAAGUUAACAGUGGUGAAUUUUUUUCUCAAAAUUCAAUGGAUUGACUGGGCCAUUCUGCUGGACUCACCUGGGAUCAUUAGUGUGCCUGCAAAUAGUCGCUUGGCUGGGCCUGGACCUGCUAAGAUGGCCUCUCCCCAUGUCUGGGUGUCAGCUGGAAUGGGUGGGAUGACAGGACGACCCCCCCUGCCCUGUCCACGUGCUCUUUCAUCUUGUGCUUCUUCACACGAAGGCGGAGGUGUUGCAGGAAGUCAAACCCAGUGUGCAGGCAUUUAUCCAGCUUUGCCUGCAUCAAGUUUGCUCAUGUCCCAUUGGCUAAAGCAAGGCACUGACAAUAUGAAGCCAUUGGAAGGUGUAAAAAUUCUGGAUCUAACGAGUUAACAAAGAUCUUUCGCAGACUCAAGAGUAUUUUCUUUGCCCAAUGGAUGCUAGAAAUACUAAGAGCGGAUUGAUUUGCUUGCCAAAAACUAGUAUAGCUGUCAAUAUCAAGAAUCCAAAAGGGGUGAAAAUCAUCAAAGAGGAUGGAGAUCCAGUUCACCCAGGAGUGGCCAGGACUGAUCUUGCCACUGGCCUGUAUGCAUAUGGAGCCAUCAUGGCUGGAUUGAUUCAAAGAUAUAAAACUGGGAAAGGACUGUUCGUUGAAUGUAACCUACUGUCAUCUCAGGCAAAAGCUUUGGGAGACAUGGCACUGAGAGACAGUGGAGCUUUAGACUUUGCUGUGGUGAUGCCUCAGGUGGCAUGUUUGACCCAGGUAGCUGCUAAUUAUCUUAUUGGCCAAAAGGGAGCACAACGUUGGGGCGCAGCUCAUGGCAGUAUUGUUCCUCACCAGGAGAAAAUUGGACCUUACAUGGCAGCAUCAGUACAAGUUUCAUGUUCAGUGUAUUUUUCUGAGAUGGUGCAAGGGUAGAAGUACACCCACUCAAACAGAAGGUUCUUUAGAGAAGGCAUAACAGUGGAAGAGCUGGAAACUGCUUAGAAAAUCCCAAAUGAAAACAACGAUGGAAAAAAUGCCCUUGAAACCAAGGAUGGCUAUCUUGUAGCUGGAGCAGGAAUAACCAACAGUUUGCUAGUGUAUGCAAGAUCCCAAAUUUGCCUGAAUUUAUUGUUGACUCCAAGUAUAAAACUAACCACCUUCGUGUACAGAAUAGAAAGGAGCUUAUUAAAAUACUAUCUGCAUGAUUUGCCGAAGAAACGACCAGCAAGUGGUUGAAUCUCUUCGAAGGCAGUGGGAUCCCUUAGGGUCCAAUCAACAGCAUGAAGAACGUAUUCGCAGAACCCCAGGUUCACCGGGAUAUAUAACCAGGAGAAUUUUUUUGUAUUACACAAUGGCCUUGUUAUGGAGAUGGAGCAUCCAACUGUGGGGAAAAUAUCAGUCCCAGCAUCGUUAUACAACAUGAUCGUUGAAGUUAGAGCUGUGUUGAAGUAAUUUGAGUGGGCCACUGAACGUCAAACCAAAUCUAAAAAUAAAACAAAACACAGGAAGAGUGGAUGGCUCAAUGAUGGUAAUGCAUUUUUUUGUCUUAGAAGGUGGACCAGAAAUUUUCUGGAAUCAAUUCUUGUCUCUGCUGUAUUAGCUACAGGCUGACUUUAUUUGGGUGCCCAGCCAAGUUUUUUUCUGCAUCAAAUUUAAGUACUGACUUUAUGAUGUGUGUUUUGGGAAUACAUUAGAUUAAUUUUAUGCAAUUAAGCGAGUACUUUGUCUUACGAACUUUGGACAUGUUAUCAGGAGGGACUAGUCCCUGGAGAAGGACAUCACACUUGGUAAAGUAGAGGGUCAGCAAAAAAAAAAAAAAAAGGAAGAUUCUCAAUGGGAUGGAUUGACACAGUGGCUGCAACAAUUGGCUCAAACAUAGCAAUGAUUGUGAGGAUGGUGCAGACUGGGCAGAGUUUCAUUCUGUUGCACAUAGGAUUGCUAUGAAUCGGAACCAACUAGACAGCGCCUAAGAACAGCAACAGGCAAAUAAACUGGCUGGAGAUAUAAAAACAGGUACUAUGUAAUAGUUAAAUACAAAAGUUUUAAAAUUAUCUUCCAGUUUGGAUUUCCUUGUUAUGGAGUUAGCUUGGGUAAUCAAAAAGUGCUAUUAUCAUUGUCUCCCCGUGGCUUUAGCCUAGAGUGAGUUGAUUGACUUCGUUGCUGAAGAAGGAGUUGUUUUAGUCUUCUUUGAAACAGGAGUGGCUUUGUCUCACAUCCAGCAUUGCCAAGCAGGGAAAGAUGAGAAUUGGGCAGAAUCCCAUAGGAUUUUUUUUUUUUUUAAAUAUGGAUCUUUAAGAUAUCAAGAUACAUUCUUAUUAAGAAGGCAUAGCCAGAGAAAAUAUCAUUUGGGUAAGCCAUCUUCUUAUUUAAAAAAUCACACUUUAAUUUUGAAUAGGAACACAGUGUUGUUAAUAUUAAUAAGGGGCAUUGGUGGAAGUGAAGAAAUGGCAGUAAUAGUGAUAGUAAGGGGUUAAAUAAAAAUCUCCAGAUAUCUUAACACAAUCAUUGAGUCUUGUGCAAUAUCUCAUUUAUCACAUCACUCCCAGGCUGAAGAAUUUAUUUGUCACAGAGCUGGGUGUAGAGGACUCAUUACUUAUCUUCUAAACUGGAACAAAUGCUGUCUUCUGUGUAUCAGUUACUUACCAGUUUUUAUGAAACCAUAUCUCCAUGUUGUCAUAUCUUUGCCAGGGAAUGGCAUUAGUAGUCAGUGCAUCUCUGGGUCCAUCCUUUGAAUAAGAUUAGGGUGCCACGUAGAGGGGGAAGGGUGAGGGGCCUCAAAAUGCUUUGUUGAAUGGUCCUUCAUGUGAACAUCAUGUAAGUCACAGAGGGCCCUGUGACUCUCUAAGUGGGCAACCCAUUUGUCUAACCUACUCAAACAAACAAAAAACCUUAUAUGGUUGCUGUUGCGUCGAUUCUGACUCAUAGCGGCCCUAUAGUACAGAGUAGAACUGCCCCCUAGGGUUUUCAAGGACUGGUGGUAGAUUCGAACUGCGGACCCUUUGGUUAGCAGCCGAGCUCUUAACUACUGCACCACCAGAGUCCCUGCAUAUGUUGAAAUUGUUCCUACAAACUCUAUCCCAUUGCGAUCAAGUCAAUUCCGAAUCAUAGCGACCCUAUAGGACAAAGUGGAACUGCCCUAUAGGGUCACCAAGACUGUAAUCUUUAUGGACGCAGAUUGCCAGCCACAUCUUUCUCCCAAAGAGUGUCUGGUGUAUUCGAACCGGUGACUUUUUGGUUAACAGCUAAGCACUUAACCACUGUAUCACCAGGGCUUUUUAUGAACUCUGUACCCCUGAUUAUUUCAAGAAGCUGUAAGCUUUUCGAACAAUUAAACAAAGGUUUAAUUUUAACUUAUUAAGAACAAUUGUUUUCAAAGUUAAUACAAGGCAUUGUGGCGAUUUGAGGAGAGUGUGUGGUGAAAUAAAAAUACCAACAAGAUGCUACAGCCGCAGGAAGCUGGAGAAGCACCACCCAUGGAGAUGUGAAGAGUGCCCUUGAAUAGUCUAUCCCCAUGAACUCCUCAAAGACAGAACCGGCUUUACCUAUGUUGCUAGGCUUUCAGGUUGGCGUGUGAUCUUAAAUAACUCGCUUCCCUUUUUAGUGCUGUCUUCUUGUUCUAAUGGGAUCAGUCUUUUCAUUCUUUCAAUUUACAGAAAAAAUGCAAUUCUCUGUGAUGCAUACAAAUGUAUUUGUGAAUAGAUUUUAAUGGCAUCCUUGCUGUGGGUCAUCCAAAUUUGAGAUGAGGGAACACAAGCAAACCAAAAAGGUCAGUAGUUCGAAUCCACCAGCUGCUCCUUGGAAACCCUAUGGGGCGGUUCUACUCUAUCCUAUAGGAUCCCUAUGAGUCAGAAUCAACUUAAGGACAAUGGGUUUGGUUUUUUUUCUUUGUAAGCAAACAUCCGUUGAGCACUGCUUAUAUAUAUAUACAUGACAUAUAUAUAUGACAUAUAUAUAUAUGACAUAUAUAUGAGCUUAGUAUUGUCUGCUAAAGUUGAGCCAAAAAAAGUAAAGUUGAACCAGCUAUUGAGUUUUUACCUUACAACUUUAGUCUCU